AUGUCAAUGCCGGUAGCAGCGCAUCUUGAGAAGACUGCUCUAGCGCCGAAGGUGGGCUCUGGGGUCCGGCAGCGCGCCUGGCACUCUAAGGGCCGUACAGGUUGCAAGACCUGCAAAAGGAGACGCGUCAAAUGUGACGAGACGAAACCGACAUGCAAGAAAUGCGCUGCUACUCAUAAUGUCUGUGAAGGCUAUGAAGUGUUGCAGAUCUGGCUUUUCCAGCCCAAACAGGAUGGGCAAGCACUGGGGCCGGCACGCAGCCCCAGCGGUCCAUACCAUGGCCAGGAAUCGAGGUUCAUUCAACUCUUCACCGAGAAGACGGGCAAAGCGUUAGCCCUCUUCAACUCUGCGGCCGAGUACUUCUGGACGAAGAUUAUUCUGCAGCUGAGUGAGCUAGACGGCGCGAUCCGGAAUCAGGUCGUUGCGACCGCCUCAGUACAUGAAAUGCAGAUGGGUCGGACGCCGGACCUGAUUCCAAUGACGGCUUACAGCAAAGCGUUAGGCAUGAUCGCUUGUCAACAGGACCCUAGCAUUCACAUUUUGCUCGUUUCGUGUCUGCUGUCGAUUGCCAUGGAAUCCGUACGCGGGGAUCAGGCCGCCGCGUACCUGCAUCUACGAUGUGGCCUGGCGAUCUUGCGAAACUGGAUGAUCACUGCCAAUAGGUCCGAGUACGACCCAGACGACAUCAUCGAGCUGUACCUCAUGCCGAUAUUUGCGCAACUCAGUGCAACAAGAAGCCUCCAGCAGACUGACCCCGGCUGGUAUCUCCCGCUGGAACAAGUAUCUAUCCAGCCACCAACGUUCCCACCGGCCUUUACCUCGCUUCUGCAGGCGAGAGAGAGGUACCAGGAAAUCGGCACGCACAUGUAUAUGCUAACCCGGAAGUUCCCUUUGUUCGAUACCUAUGAAAACCCGGCGUUCUUUGAGGUCACGAAGCUCUUUGAAGACUGGCAUCAGACCUUCAAGAGAUCACGGCCGAGCAAAUUGUCAUUACGACAGAGUUGCCAGUGGAAGAUCCUGGAUAUUCUGGCAUACUGCUGCAUUGUUGCGCUUCGCUGCUAUUGCAGCGCUGACGAGAUGAAAUGGGACGAUGCUGUCGAUGAAUGCCGCGAGAUCGUUCGAGUUGCCGCGGAGGUGGAUGAAUGUGUCAAUGGCAAGCUGCCCACGGUGAACGACUUCCUGGAACCGGAUUUCGAUACAGAUCCCGGCCCAGUGGCGCCACUGUGGCAGAUCGGUGUCGCUUGUCGUGAUCCUGUGAUCCGCAGAAAAGCCAUCAGCCUGAUGCGGAGCCACCAUCGAAAAUGUUGUGGUCACGAUGAUGACUGCUACAUUGCCUCCCAUGCCGAGUCCAUCGCCGAUCUCGAAGAAGCCGGACUUGACGACAUCAAGACCUGUAAAGAUGUACCGGAGUUUCGUCGUGUGCGACCUUUGGCCUGUGACUUCAGCACUCCUGGGAUCAUGCGCGCGACUUACACAAGAUCGCCGUAUGUGACGGAAGAGAAGUUUGUGACCGCCGUGCCUGGAGACGAGCCACCGCAGGUGACCUUUUUCAAACUCUGGCCGCUGACCGAGACAAUGAGGCUGGCUGGAUAUCAACUACUACUGCGUCCAAAAGCCAAGGCGUGCCGCUGCAAAAGCUUCGGUGGGAACAUCACGGAUUGA